CUGGGCGAGGGGAGAGGGGAGAGUGGAUGAGAGAGCGGCCCUAAUGCGGCAUCUCAUUACAACCUCUGUCAGGAUCCCUCUAUUCCACCAUCAGCUCCCCUUAACUUGGUCCCGCUCCCGGUCGCCGCGGAUAGGUUCUGGCAGGUUCAGGCCCGGUGUAUCUCUUCCUGGCUGUGAAGAACCACCAAGCAGAGACCUUGAACUGGACCUAUCUGGCAGCUGUCCAUGGGCCUCUGAGCCAGAAGGCCUCGAGCUGCAUGAGUACGGCUUUGAUGACUGCUGCUAAGAAACAAACUUACACCUUACACAUAAAGGAAUCAAGGCCAUUCGAAACGUCAGAUCCAUUCCAGCAUAUCAGCCGUCACUACAUGGCAUACAGGAAGGUGUGUGACGCCCAGAGUGGUCCAAUGGUCGGUGAAGGUCUGCAUUGCUCUGGAGGUCUGGAUCUGGACUGGGACCUGGACAAGGAGGAGCUUCAGGAACCAGGGCCCAGCAUGGACCGCAUGCAGAUGCAACAUGUAGACUGCCAGAGAUCAGGGUGUUCAGACCCCGGUCCCGACCCUGACCCAGAACUGAUGGAACCCAUCCAGCCGUCUGUCUCCGUUUCACCUCAUGGACGAUUCGAACGUCUCCAGGAAGAUCCCAACUACAUCUCCCACUUCACCAGGGCUCCGGGCCAUAAAGGCCAGCGAAGAAUCCACUGCUUUCUGCUCAGGUACUUCCUGGCAGGGGUGGGGCUUUUUGUCCUGGGUCUCCUGAUUGGCUGGUUUACAUGCACACCUGCCGUUAAACCACCCGCUCCUCCGGCCGACAGCUCGGACCUGCUGGAGGAUCUGCUGAAAGGAAUCACAGCCGAUAAGAUAAGCGCUCUGCACAGGUCCUUCUCCAGCCUAUCAGAUGACAGCGAGGAAGCCGUAGCCAGGUACCUCUCCAGGCAGUGGGUGGGACUCGGUUUGACUGACGUCCAUCUGUCCAAUCACACUGUUCUGCUCAGCUUGCCUGGUUCCACACCUAACACCAUCACCGACAGGUCCAGUCACCAGUGUUUCCUGCCCAACGGGAUCCCAUGUGACCAGCGUGGACCGAAUGAUCUGCCCAAGCAGCAGUUCUCCUACGCAGCCUACUCUGCUGUUGGAAGUCUGCAGGGGGAGGUGGUGGAUGUGCAGUACGCCGGCGUGGACGACCUCCGGAGAGCCAAAGACAGCCUGAACCUCACCAACCAGAUCGCCCUGGUCAAGCUUGGCCGAGCACCUCUACUGUACAAGCUAUCCCUCCUGUCUGAACUGGGUUUUGGAGGUGUUCUGCUUUACAUCGACCCAUGUGACGCCCCCCCUGGAAGCCACACCUGGCAUCAAGCCUUCAGAGUAACCCUCAACCCAGGAGGAAACCCUGCCAUAUCUGAGGUGUCAAGAGAAGCUGGAAGAAGUCUGACGUCUCUGUUGGUGCAGCCCAUCUCCACCUUCCUGGCCAAGAAGUUACUGUCCUCUCCGUCCACUGGGCAGGGAGACUCCUGUGUGCCUCUAGCCAGGCCUCCCAACACAGAACGAAAGAAGAUUACUCUGACUGUUGGAAAUCAACUGUCCUCCAAGAAGAUCUACAAUGUUGUCGGUUACCUGAAAGGAAAGAGAAACCCAGAUCGCUAUGUGCUGGUUGGCAGUCGUCAUGACAGCGACCAGGGAGGCGGAGCUUCAGCCAUCAUGAAUCAGCUGAUCGCGGCAUUGACAGAGCAGACCAAACAGGCAUGGGUGCCAGACCGAACCACUGUGUUCUGCUCGUGGGGGGGCUCAGCCUUGGGGAACAUCGGGUCCUAUGAGUGGGGAAAGGAUAACAGUGUUGUCCUGCAGAGCAGUGCCGUGGCCUACGUCAGUCUGAACUCUCCAGUCAGAGGGACGGAGACUCUGCGACCCACAGCGUCUCCAACACUGCUGCAGCUCACCUCGGAUAUACAGAGAAGACAGCUGCUGAGUUGCAUUCGUGGGGGGAACUGCCCUGGACCCAACGUCAGCUCGCUGCAGGUGCCUGGAGAUGUGAAUUUCUUCGCCAACCAACUGGCGGUGCCCACCGUGGAGUUCGCCUUCCAGCAGACCAAAGCAGAAGAGACCACCAGUUUCCUGUCUGAAGCCCAAUUUUCUGCUGAGUCACCGGAGACGCUGGAUCCACUUUUCAAGUUCCACGAGACCAUUGCUAAGAUGACAGCAGAAGCCAUUUUCCGCCUGGUCAAUGAUCCUGUGCUGCCAUUCUACCCUCUGGACAUUGCCCUGGAUGUUCAAAACAAACUCAAAGACAAGAGUGUGGUAACUCAGUCCAUGCUGUCCACAGCCUCCUCUCUGAGAGACCACGCAGCUUUCUUACAAUCAGAAACCAUGCGGCCGGCAAAUGACCCUAAAGAGCGAGACCCCUCCCACGUACGGAUGCUGAAUGAUGUACUCCGUGACCUGGAGAAGAGCUUCAUCCUCCCACAGACACCGCCUGGAGUGUACAGGAACCUGCUGUACAGCCUCCCAGGGAGGACCCCUCAGUUCUCCGUCCUCAGGUUCUCACAGGAAGCCGUCCUGCAUUGCAACGUCACCAGCAGAGCUCUCAAACACAACUCGGCAGCCAAGGAAGUGCUCUGUCACAGCACCAUGAACCAGUCUCUGUCCCUCAUCCUCCGGGCCAUCCGCUCCGCAGAGAGGCUGGUGUGUUUUGGCAUGGGCUUGUUUGAAAAUUACCCAAAUGAUAAAAAAUGAUUAAGCUGACAAAGACCCACAAGUGAACAUAAUGCACUUGAGGAAAAAUGGCCACUUUUCCAGUCAAUAAAGUCCAAAAUCCAUAACCUUAUCUUAAGUUAAGAAUCCACACACUCAUUGAGAGGGAACAUAAAAGAAAAAUACAAAAAUCCCAUAGUGGUAUUUGUACCCGUCAUAACUUCCUUAAUAACUAAUAUUGAACACAACAAUAUCCAAUCCCGAAUCAAGUAAGAAAUGUUUUUUUAACGAUUUUCAUUUAAAGGGUCGUGAAUAAUGAAUGUAUUAAAAUCAACUUGUUGCACACUAGCUCUUUGAUAUGCAAAUAAUGUGGACUUCUGACACAUAUUGGGUCAUUUAAAUUGCACUACCCUCUUCCAAUGAUAGCAGACCAGCAAUAAAAGGCAUAGGAUAUUUGUUUAAAUAUUACAUGUCCUUCACCUGAUAUUUGCUCUUUUUUAGAUGCAUUUUAUCCAAACAAAUCCCUUUUUUUUUUUUAAAGAAAACUAAAGCAUUAAUAUUACCUGAUACAAAAAAAGGUUAGAAAAAUCUGAAUUAUGUCUCUUCAGGUGUAGAAAGAGAACAUAUUUACAUGUGUUAACACUUUAGAUGCAGCCAUCGUGACACAGGGGUAAGAUCAAAUAAAUUCACGUGACAAUUUCCUGAUAUGGUCAAUAUAGUUUUGUGACCACAUCUGUUUUAAGAGACAGUUUUUUUUAAAUGAUUAAUGUCAAAUGUUUUUUAUUCUAAAAGCUUUUGGAGAAUCACAUUGCACAAUUUACCAGAUUUGGCCAGAGUUGUGUUUGCUGAAUCUCCGCAAUGAAUACAUUUUAAAAUUGUGUCACCUAAGAAUUUUAAAACGGCAAUUGGCAGUAAUCUAAAAAUGCCUUGUUAAGAAAUAAGCCAUUCUACUGUCAGAACCUUUAGCUGCUCCAAAAUCAAUGUAAGCCAUGGCAUCUUAAAACCUUUUACUGUUGUUGAAGAGCAAUAACUCACGUUUCAAACAACAGAUAUUUAAGGGAUUUAAUGCUUUAAGCAAUUCAAAUUAAACCCUAUUUUUAUAUCCUGCAGUGUAGUCAUUGGGUAGCACCCUUGGAGUAAAACAGUUAAAAUGACUGUUUCAGUUGUGUGUGUGUGUAGAUGACUUUAGUGAGCCUAGACAUUAAACACCCACUCAUCGCUGCAGAGACUGGGGGUCAGUACCUGCUUACGGAUGCCUCUGGCUUUAGGCUGGAUCC